CCGAUCUGACUUCAAAACAGGGAGGAUCCACGGGGAGUCUACCCGGCGAUCCUCUGAACUCUUGUUUUCUCACAUUCUCCGGUUCGUAGUCGUCGAAAGGUGGAAAAUGAGAGAAGACUUCCUGGAGGAUGUGGCCGGGGCUAGGAACAGGAACGGGGCCAAGGAUGUAAAAAAAGGCGAAACUAAGAAAAACGGUCUUCGAGCAAAUGGAUUAACGAAUCAAGUAAGGGGAAAUGGUGAGCUUUUCAGAGCUCAGAGUCUCUCCAAGGAGUCCUUUGAGCAAGUGCCUCUUUACACUGCUGUCAUGACUUAUCUUGGCUUCUACAUCCUUAUGUUCUUGGGUUAUGUAAAUCAGCUCUUUUUCUCGCCUAAAGUAGCAACAGAGAUGAACAGAGAUGGUUACGUCCCACUUUAUGACAGAUUUGAAAGGUUUUACCUUCGUUAUGUGUACAGACGGGUGAGGGAUUGUUGGAAUAAACCGAUAUGCAGUGUCCCUGGUGCUGAAGUGGUUGUCAAAGAGAGAGUCACUCAUGAUUAUGGGUGGACAUUCGAGUUUACAGGGGAGAAUAGAAGAUGUUUGAAUCUUGGCUCUUACAAUUACCUUGGAUUUGCUGAAAAUAAUGGUAAAUGUGCCGAGGAAUCCAUUCAAUCACUGAAGAAAUAUGGUUGGGCGACCUGCUCACCUUGCCAUGAGCUAGGCACAACACAGCUCCAGAUUCAUCUGGAAAAGCUCAUGGCUGAGUUUCUGGGUGUUGAAGAUGCUAUUGUCUUUGGAAUGGGUUUUGCUACAAAUGCACUAAACAUCCCAACUCUGUUAAGCCCAGGCUGCUUAGUGUUGAGCGAUGAAAAGAAUCAUGCCUCGCUUAUUUUAGGCCUAAGACUAUCAGGGGCUACCAUCAAAGUGUUUAAGCACAAUAAUAUGAAAAGCUUAGAAAAGCACUUGUUAGAAGGAGUUGUCAAAGGACAACCUAAAACUAAAGAGCCUUGGAAAAAAAUUUUAAUAGUCGUUGAAGGAGUUUAUAGCAUGGAAGGAUCAAUAGUACACUUACCUGAUGUGAUCGCACUGAAGAAAAAGUACAAGGCAUAUUUAUAUCUUGAUGAAGCUCAUAGUAUUGGUGCCAUAGGGCCAAGAGGCAGAGGAGUAGUUGACUAUUAUGGAUGUGAUCCCCAUGACGUCGAUAUACUUAUGGGCACAUUUACAAAAUCAUUCGGCAGCGCCGGUGGAUACAUAGCCGGUAGCAAGGAGUUGAUCAAUUUUAUAAGAGUGAACAGUCAUGCUGCGUGUUACGCAUCAUCGAUGGCACCACCAGUCGCUCAGCAGAUAAUAACUUCAAUGAGUGUUAUAAUGGGAAAAGAUGGGACUAAUGAAGGCAUCAAUAGGAUCAGGAGGCUUGCAAAGAAUACAAGAUAUUUCAGAAGGAAAUUACACCAAAUGGGAGUGAUUAUAUAUGGGAAUGACAAUUCUCCAGUAAUCCCCCUUUUAGUUUAUUUAUUUUCAAAGAUUGGUGCUGUUGUGAGAACUUUAUCAUCAAGAAAAAUAGCAACAGUGGGAGUUGGGUUUCCUGCUACGCCCUUGAUGGAGGGUAGGAUACGAUUUUGUUUAUCCGCUGCCCAUACUAAGGAACAGUUAGACUAUGCACUAGACACCAUUGGUGAAAUAGCAGAUGAGCUGGGCCUCAAAUAUUCACAGAAGCCAAGGGAUAGUCAGCCAAUAUUAUAUGACGAUGAUGAAGAUUUAGAAGCAACCGAUUGAUAUUUUACACUGUAACUGGCAAUAAAAAUUUGAAAGCAUCAGAUUAUCGGAUCCCUGUGUCAUUCAGUGAUUUUGCACAUUUAACAAGCUAGAAUGAAACUGAGCUGCAAGGAUUGCUCAAUCUCCCAAAUACCCAAGUGCCUGAACAAAAUGCUUGUCCUUUUACAGAAUGGUCCACUUACACCUAAUUUUGUUUUCCUAUGUAAUCUUUUAAGCUGUUGCAAAAUGUUAUUUUUUAUAAAUCAACCGUUAAAUUUAAACCAGUACAGGCAGACGUUUAAGAACUUUUAUUUGUGUUUACUACAAGAUUCAAAAAUUAAUUUCAUAAAUGUACAGUAUUGAUAUUAAUUUGUAUAUAAGAUGUACACAAUGUUUAUAAAGUUACAAAUAUGUUAAAAUUAUUGAAAAAAUAUUUAUUUUAGUUUAAUAAGAAUGAUUUGCCAAGAGGUUAUUUUUAUAAAUCUCUCGUGUUAAAUACAGAUAAGUGGAGAAUUUUAGAUUUUACACUGCUUUGAAUGACAGUAGUGUAUGACAUUUCUGCCACUCUUAACGUAGAAAUGACCAGAUGAAAUUAUUUACAUGAAUUAUUGGUUAAUUGCAUACCUUCAAGUAGUAUUAGUCAAAUUAUGGCUUUUUUACAUUUUUUAUAUCACCUGGUGAUUUUUAUUUAAUUUUUGUUUUCUCUUUUAAGAAAAUUUUGAUGAUAUACUAAAGAGAUUAAUUUUUUAUUUACAUAUAUAAGCAGAUAGAUAAUGCUUUCUAAUUAAUUAGCAGUUGCUAGGCAAUUGCCACUACAAAUGUGCAAAAGCAAAUUAAAACUGCUCAAAAUAUGCUUAUUCAUAAUAUGAAGGAAAAAAAUUAAAUAAAUAAAUAAAUUAAUAUAAAACAUAGAUUCACGAGGAAAGGGCUGUGAUACUACAUUUGGAGGCUAUUUUUUCUCCUGUACCGUUUCCCAUUUAAUAAUGCAUUUACAAUUAAAAACAAUACUGUUAGUUUAUUAUCAAUUAUAGUGCUUAUAUCAAAAGUUGCUAUAUUUUAGACUAAACAUCAAAUUGCCCUAAGAAUUAAAAUCCUGAACUCAUUGUAUUUAUGCUUUAUUACGUAUUUAAUAAAAACUAUAUAUUCCACAACAAA